CGGAAGUUGAGAGUGGUUGUGUCUUUUACUCGUUUUGACCUCCCUCAAGAGCUUCGGCAGUGUACAGUUUGUUACUCGGUGUACCUUGUGGAAUCUUGGUAGAGAAAGGUGUCUGUUUUGGACACAGCAUCCUUAGAAAAUCAGAAAUUGUCUUUUCUCCAAUUCUCCAAUUGUCUGUUCUCCAAUCACUUCUCUUGUGAUCUAAACCAACAAACCUUAAAACUGAGCACUGUGAGAGAUUUGGUGCAAACAGGCCAUUUCCCUGGGUUUAAGAAGAUCAUGGCCACUAGUAAGCGAUAUGUUCCUCCUUUGUCUAAGAGUAAAGGAUCAGCAGGAGCAGCAGCAGAGUCAACUAGGAGAUUAGAUGACCUUGUUCAAGAUUCAAUUUUUACUGUGAAACUGGGGUCAAAAAAUAAUUACAGUGACCUUCCGUUUCCUGAAAUAACAGGCAAGGACGAGAGUAACUCAAACAUUCAGCAGUUUGAAUUUCCUUUUAAAGAAAGGGAACUGCGAAAAUUGAUGCUGUGGUUCCGAGAAAUAGGUUGGAAAGACCAGAGUGCUGAGUUGCAAUUUCCACCAGAUCUUGAAAAAUCACAGCGGAAACAAGUUCAUGACAUUGCACAAAGCUUUGGUCUGGGAACUUCCAGUAAAGGCUUUAAUGAAAAGCGUUUUAUUAGUGUAUACUCAAUUGAAUAUGCUACUCUUGGUGUUGGUAAAAAUUACUUAACCAAUGAAGAGAAAGAUAAAGCCAACAUCAUCUGGAAACUCGUUAAACAACAAGGAGAGGAUGAAAAGUAUAAAAAUUUCAGUCACAAUGAGAUUGAUGAGAUGGUCCUUGCUAAAAAUCUUGAUCCACGACUCCAAGAAUUGUGGGACAAGAGAGAAUCCUUACUGGUAGAUGACUUCAAAGAAAAGUGUAAUGUUACUGAUGAGUAAUUCAGGCCUUGGUUUGUGUUGUGUCAGUUUCACUUUAAGUUAGUUAUUUAUUAAGUCUCCCAUACAUUGGUUUGUUUUCACCUCAGAGAUGGUUCUGCACAAAGGUCAAUCUUAAUCAGAUAUUCUUAGUGAAAGAAAUUUAGUGGGUAAAAUUACCUACUUGUAAAGUCUACUGUUAAGUAAAGUGUAAUUUCUUCCAAGGAAACUACUGUAGAAAGAAGAGAAAUUGUGACUCUCAAAGUGGAUGUCUGUGAUAACAAACUUUUAUUUAGAUAGAGGGCUAAUGCCCUGAUUCCCAUCCUCUAAUUUUCUCUUGAUAUAUGCUAUAUUUCCUUGAAUAAACUUAAAAUUUUGGCUAAGUGGAGGGAAGCUUUUUGAAAGGAGGGUGUUUUAUCCAGGAGGGAUAAUUAUGAAGUUAGUGCAGCAAUAGGACAAAGAUUAAAACAGAUGAUGUACAUAAAUGUAAAGCACAUGGAGAUAGAAAUAAGUGGAAUGGAAAAGAAACUAUUCCCCUAUACUGAUUCCAGAUUGUAAUUGAAGCUUAAAAGGUUAUGAAGAAAGUGGAAAUAGAAACA